UCACUCACAUGUUUGUCAAUUUAAAUUGUUGUUCAGCUACGAUUUCCGAGUCGGGAGAUUCGGUUUUAAAUCUAUCAAAAUUUUUAGAAGGAACGCUUAUUGUUUUCCUCUAAAUAAAUUGUAACAAUAGUUAUUUUUUUAAUUUUAUUUGCCUGAAAAGUUCCUCUAGAUAAAAUAUUGGAUUGAGCAGCUGGUAUUGCUGUUAUCUCGAAAUAGAUAGAAAUUAUCUGGAAGCUUUUCCAGUCUUUAUAUUCUUUCCGAAGAAGUGUAGAUCCUCUUUCUCCUUUGUGCUAUUCAGUAAGAAAGACAAUACUACUUCGUUCUGGAAAUGUCAGUGCAAAAAGAAUUCGGCACUAGAGCUAUUCAUGAUGGUCAGGAUCCGGAUAAGUGGAAGCAUAGAGCUGUUGUGCCUCCAAUUUCUAUGUCCACUACAUUCCAACAGUUUGCACCAGCGGAGACUGCGGGUUUUGACUAUUCCAGGAGUGGAAAUCCAACUAGACAGUGUUUAGAGGAGUGCAUAGCAUCACUUGAAUGUGCAAAAUACGCUCUAUGUUUUGCUUCUGGUUUAGCUACAACUUUAAAUCUUGUUCAUUUGUUGAAUGCUGGAGAUCAUGUUGUUUGUUUUGAUGAUUUAUAUGGAGGUACUAAUAGAUACUUCCGAACUUGUGCUGCCAGAAUGGGUAUUGAACCAACAUUUAUUGACAUGAGAGACGUCAAUGAGGUUGAAAAAGCUAUCCGACCAAACACUAAAAUGGUAUGGAUUGAAACUCCUACAAACCCUACCAUGAAGCUUGUCGACAUUGAAGGUGUUUCAAAAUUAUUGAAAAAAUAUCCAAGUAUAAUAUCAGUUGUGGAUAAUACUUUCAUGUCAUCAUACUUCCAAAAACCCCUGACUCUUGGUGCUGACAUUGCUAUGCAUUCAUUGACAAAAUACAUGAAUGGUCACUCAGAUGUUGUCAUGGGUGCAAUUGCCACAAACAACAAAGAAAUUUAUGAAAAAUUGAAAUAUAUACAGAACUCGUUAGGAGCUGUCCCUUCUCCUUUUGAUUGCUUUUUGGUAAACAGAGGCUUGAAAACACUUCAUUUGCGAAUGGAAAGACAUAUGGAAAAUGGAAUGAAAGUAGCAGAAUUUUUAGAAGGACAUCCUGCCGUCGAAAAAGUUAUUUUCCCAGGACUUAAAAGCCACCCUCAAUAUGAACUUGCAAAGAAACAGUGCUCUGGUUACAGUGGUAUGGUCUCCUUUUAUGUCAAAGGAGGAUUAAGUGAAGCCAAAACUUUUGUUCAGAGCCUUAGAAUUUUUCUUCUAGCUGAAAGUUUAGGCUCAGUUGAAAGCUUAGCUGAAAUACCGUCUUUAAUGACACAUGCAUCUGUACCAAAUGAUCAAAGGAAGAAACUUGGAAUCUCUGACAACUUAAUAAGGUUAUCCGUUGGAGUCGAGUCAAUUAAAGACCUUCUCGAAGAUUUGGAUCAGGCAUUAAAAAAAUCACAAUCUGUUUAAAUUGGAAUCUAGACAUUGAAAAAUCUAUGGACAGAGUCAAUCCUUUUUUAUAUUGAGUAUGAUGUGAUAAAUCAACAUUCCUUUGCAAAUGUUGUGUUUUUUUAUUAAAUUAAUUCUAUUUUGAGUAUAACCAGAAUAAAUUUUAAUUUACUUUCAUUAAUAAAAUUUUCGUUAUAAGUUAAA